CCUGGAAAAAGGAAAACGGUGAAAAGAAAUUAGUCCGUCAUUUUUUUUUUUUAUUUUUUUCUUUUUACUUAAUUCAAUAAUAAAAUUUCAUCGCGAUAAAAAAAAAAAAAAGUUCUGACAAUCGUGUUGUCGACAAAAAGUGGUGUGUGUAUGUGUGUGUGCGUGUGCGAGUGUAACAAAAUGUGAAUUAAAAUUCAAACUCUUGUUAUAACAAAGAAAUGACAAUUAUUCAAACAAUACUUAAUGGAAAUAAAAAUAAUUAUCAAUUUUAAUAAUUAUAUCCACUGCUAUGCUCAUCAUUAUUAUUAUUCUCUAUUUUCAAUUAAAAAUAACAAAACACAGAUCUUUGAUCUCUGUAUGGGAUCAUCACGAAUGGGUCACUAGGAUGUCGUUCAUUUAUUGUGUGAAAUUUCAAUCCAAAAUUUAUGAGUGGACCAGAAAUAUAUUUAACAUUAUUAUUAUUAUUAUUCAAAAAGAAUUAAAAAAUAAUUGUCGAGGUAAAAUAAGAACCUCAAAAUUAAUUUCCCUUAUCAUCGGCGUGUGUAACAGACGACGACGACGUUGCACGAGCAGCAGCAGCCUCUGCCGUUGCGCGUGACCAAAGCCUUACCGAGUCGAUGCAAUUCCGAGUGUGUUACCCGCCUUUAUGUGUAAUAUGUUAUAUGUAAUAAUGUAAUAAAAAAAAAGAGAGAGAGAGAAAAAAAAACAACCUACGUAUGCUGGUCAUAAGGGUAGAAGAGGAAAAUCAACUCUAGACAGAGGAAAAAAAAGAGGGAGAUAGAAAGUGUGAAAGAGAGAAAGAGACAGAGAAUCUACUACGGCUGAAGCAAUAAUAGUAAUAUCGAUUAAAAUAGCAGACGUCCCCGACCAACAGUAACCCGUCUUUCGACCGGCUGCAAGUCAUUCUUGCCUAUACCUAUAAAAUUGUCUCUAAACAAUUACUAUAUUUAUCUUUUUUUUUCAAUAAUCUUCUAAUUUAUUCUAGUUACCAAAAUAGACUAUUACAAACAAUUUUUUGGUACUUGUUUUUGACUAGUUUCAAACUAGUCUUGGAUCAAAAAAUAAUAAUUUAAUGUCAGUUUACUGACUCGUAUUAAUCAAUAAUAAUAAUAAUAACAAUAAUAAUAAAUACGCUAGUAUAUAUGUAUAUGAGAAUUGAACUUGGUUUCAGUGUAUAGAUUAUUGUCUUUUCUCAGCUGAUAAAUGCUUGGAUGCAGCUUCAUCACACACGUUAUACCUGUGCAAUAAUAGAAUUGAAAGUAUUAAUCGUGAAGGACCUGUACAAUAUGGGACGAGAUUAGUAAAUAAUAAUAAUAAUAAUAAUAGUAAUAAAUAACAAAAAUAAUAAUUAAAAUAAUAAUAAUAGUUGAUAUCAAUAGUGUGUAUUACGCGAAAUUUAUAACGUGUAUCAUGUGCUCGUAUGCAAAUUAUACAUAUACAUGAUUGUAAAUCGAUAAAAGAAUUUCCUUUACUACAUACACGUUGCAUAUAUAUGCCAAGUACCGGGGAUUAAUAUUUAACGCGAAAGUGCUCCCCCCGGCCGGUGUGUUCAACUUUUCUCUUGAUCAUUAUUUUUCAUAUAUAUUUUUUUUGGGAUUUCUUUUUUUUUUUUUUUUUUGAAUUCUGAGUUGCUGAGAAGAAUUUUAAAAGGACGUUAUAUAGAUAACCCUUCAUCUGUAAGGGGGAAAAAUUGACGAUCAUGUCUCUUCUCAGCGUGACAGUAAAAAAGGCGAGAUUCGUCGGGGUUCAAGCACAACAAUGUAACUCCUACGUUGCUCUUAAACUGCAAAAUGUCAAAUCUACGACAGUGACUGUGAAAGGGGCCAACCCAUGUUGGGAACAAGACUUUCUUUUUGAGACUAACGACGUCAACACCGGUCUUCUUGUUGAAGUUUGGAGCAAAGGGAUGCUGUGGGACAGAGCCCUUGGUUAUCACUACAUACCGCUGCCAGAAGUUUCUUACUCAAAUGAGGAUGGUUCCGGACAAUGGGUCAGCCUUGAUUCUGAGUUGGAAAUGCGAGAGGGGGAGGUAGUCGGCACCAAAUCACCAACUGGUCACACUCUUCUCAUCGAUUGCCGUUUCGAACAACCUUUUGGAAAGUAUGAACAACCAACCGGAUGGAAAAACCUGCUAACGAGUGAAAUGGCUAGGCAGUUACGAGCAGCUCGGCCCUUGUGUGGCACAGACCCGGAAAAUACGGAAGCGGCGGAUCUACAGAGGAAACUAGAGAUGCUGAACAACACUGUGGAUCAAGAGGCAAGAGCGGAACAGGCACGUCGACAGAUAUUAUACAAUACAGGGCAUUCGGGUUAUUCAGAGGAUUCAGACUACACGUCAGAUUUAAAUUAUCCUGUGGGUGGUCAAGGUGCAAACAGUUCUGCAUCACAAUUUCGAGCUGCUGCAAAUCAACUAGCAACGCCGCAACGAUCACUUGAAACUUCUCGUGAAAAUAGCUACGAAAGAGAUGACCAUCAGAUUCCUGGAAUAGUGGGUGGACGAUUAGCUCCUGGUUACAGUGGUUACAGUAGAGGUCAUAGUCCGAGGUACGAUGAACCUUAUCCUGAGGAAGGUCCUCCUCAAAGGUAUUCUUCUCAACAAAUCGCAGAUUUGUCUUCCGAGCCACUAUUUUACAAUAGCAGACCAAGACAUUAUAAAGAAUACAGACGAAGGAAGCACACGUGGGAUUAUGAAGACAGUCAAGAAGGUUGGUUUAGCGAAGGAUAUGACUAUCAUAGUACGAGAAAUGAUGAAUCGAGAAUUUAUAGUGACACUGAAUAUUAUCCAAGCACAACAACAACUUCGUCCUCGAGAAAAAAAGGUCCUUAUAGAAGGCCAUCUUUGGAAAGACAAACCACUUUAUAUGAUGAACAUUUAUAUUACGAUAACUACGUUACUAAUGGAAAAAUUGGAAAAAUGAGUGCCACUUAUCCCGAAUGUCAAACGGAUAUCGGAUAUAACAAAUAUUACAAUAAUAUUACAGGAUAUGUUUUUGAAAAUGAAAGGUUUGGUCAAGAUGACGAGGACAGACAAUGGGACAGUGGAGGGCAGUGGUUCACAGCAUCCAGUACCUAUUAUGAAAAUAAAAGAAACAGAAAAACUCUUCCUCAGAGACCUGCAUCUAGUAUUGGUAUUCAUAGGCCCGACUAUAGACCUACUGUUACCAGACAACGUAGCUACGAGUCCGAAGAACUCGAGUAUAGCCCAAGUGCCCGUCAAAGGAAAAUGUUACAACGCUCAUUUUCACGUCAAGAAGGAACCGGAAAGAAAUUACCCCCUACCCCAUCGAAACCGAGUAGCGUAAUUCUCGGUCGCAAACCUGCCUCUCUUCCUGCGACUCCCGGAAGACAACUGCCACGUACGAGAACUCCUUCAGAGGAUAGUUACUAUAAGUCCGAGUACAACGAGAAUUAUAAUCACGCCUAUCGUAGUGAUGAUAAUCUACAGCAGGAAUCCUUUACCGACACAAUUUAUCCCGAUCAAUUGUACAAUCAGACGCAUAUCAGCGGUUCAUUACGAGAUAAUCAGUAUGUACCUGAUCAUUUUCAGCCACAAGUUUCGGAUCAAUAUGGCCAAAGCUAUCAGGAUUCAACGACAAAGGAUCUCUACACACAGGGACAACAAUCAUACGCACAGAAUUCGUACAAGGAUCCCUAUCAAGCGCCCUACUUAGAUACAAAUACACAAAUUUAUCAAGAGCCUUAUCAAGACAUAACAUAUCCAAAAAUUAGUACAGCCAACGAUCAAUAUGAAAAGCCACAAGAUAUUGCGAUGUCAAAUAAUUAUCAAACAAUGGAUUAUGAUCAAAAUAACAUUCAACAAUUAACAGCAGCAACAACACAACAAAAUCUUAUGCCGCAGGAUCUUUUACCACAACAAGUACCAACAAGCCAACAAUAUCAACAAGAUUACACAAUAGAUAAUUUCCAAGAAGAUUAUUCCGAUUAUACAACGUCUGUUGCCACAAGCCUUUACAACAACACCUCCAAUGCCUACGAUCCCUAUCAACAAAAUAUAUGCGACAACAAAUAUCAGGUUCCUAUUUCCGAUGCCUAUCAAGAUACCUACGAUCAACCUGCCGUUUCCAUUUCCCAAGAGGGUUACAGCGAUACAUACCCAACACACGACACUUAUUUAGAGAAACAAGAUUACGAUAAAUACAUACCCUACAGCAAAAGCGAAGACACAACGGAUUAUCAAAAUCAAUAUCAAGAUUACACGGAGCAAUACGAUGAUACCUAUCAAGACUCCUAUCAGGGCUCAUUUGAAGAAUACAAUAAAGAAAAUUUAACAGUCAGUAAUGAGAGGAGAAAAAGUGAAGUGCCUGAAUUGUCUGUCACUACGCCUAGAGGACAGACAAGAACAAAUGGUUAUCCUUCAAGUGAAUCGGAAUAUUAUCCCUGUCAGGAGAAACAGACAAUAUCAUCAACUGGCGCUGCAAGAAGAAAAAAAUUAGUUAAACGUGGCACUAGUCCUCUAUUUCAACAAAAUACCGAUUCCCUUGAAUCGCGUGACGAUGAACUUAAAGAUUCGUUUGAAACUGCCGUUAGUUCAGUGAGUAGUAGUCAACCAAGAAAAGCCUAUUCUGAAUAUUCAACUGCAGGUGAAUCGAGUCCAGCUCCAGCGACAUUAGUUGAAUCACCACCAAAUUCUGUUCAAGUUUCAAAUGGUAUGAUGAUGAUGAAUCAUGUUACAAAUCAUAGCAAUACUAUUACUACCUCAGCGUCUGUUUAUCCCUCCAUUAGUGCAAAUGGUAAACGUCUCUCUAGAACUGAUUCUUAUCAACAAGAUAUAAUAGAGGAUGAAUAUCCAGAAAUAAUAACUAACGAUCUUCAAAGAAAGGAUUCACAAAUGUCACAUCAAAGUCAAUUGAGUCAACAAUCGUCGCAACAAUCACAAAAACCAAAACUUACAAGAGGUGAAUCAUAUGCUUCUGAUCAAUAUUCAGAGGAUGAUUAUACGGAUAGACGGGAUUCUUAUGCACAACCAACACGAAAGGAUUCUUAUGCUUCGAUAAAUCAGGAUAGUUUUAAACCACCACUUCAAAGGACUGAAUCCUAUCAGAGUCGGGAGCUCGGAAGGGGUAGUGUUUAUGGCCAGAAUUUCACAACUCCACAGCCAAUUUCAAGAGCUGAAAGUUAUAAAAGGGGGUAUUUCAAAGAUCAAGACUCGAUGGAUAAGACUGAAAUUUCGUUGAGCAAUGCUGUUAAUGGGGAUUACAAGAUGAGAGACGAGACACUUGAGAGGUAUGAAAGAGGAGAAGAAGCCCUGCUAAGAGCCUCAAGGGAAAAUUCUUUGGUCGAACCUUAUAAAGGGUCACCGACAUCAGGUAGUCCAAGAGGAAGUGUAACAAAACAAGCAUCUUUGGAUGAGAGUGUACAAAUGGAUACGCCACCAAGAAGCCCUCCGGAACCUCUUCCUGAUGAAAAACUUUUGGAAAUGGUGGGACCAGCUCCAAUUCCUCCACAACUCAAAGAAAGACCAGAGAUGACUGCAAAACAAAGGUGGAUUUGGGCCUACACUAAAAUCAUCCAGCAGCUAAACGUGAGUACAAAAAACUAACAAUUCCAAAAAACUAAAUGAACUUCACAUUUUUUUGUGUUUGUGUUUUGGAGAAGGUGAGUCUUUAUUUUCUUUUUAUAUA